UUUCGCUAAGAGUGGUAUUUUACCAGUGAACGAAUUUUCAUUAUCAUUUGCUUCUUCUCUUGCCUUGAAAGAAAAAAAAAAUGCAAUCGCCCAAGGAAUCACCAACGGAUCAGAAUUUACCAGCUGUAGUUGAACUCAAUGUAGGUGGUCAGCUUUAUACAACGUCUCUUCCGACGCUGUUGAAAGAUCCUGACUCGCUGUUAAGCGCAAUGUUUAGCGGUAAGCAUAAAAUCCCUCGAGAUUCACGCGGUCGGUUCUUCAUCGACCGCGACGGAAUGCUUUUUCGCUACAUUCUGGAUUAUCUCCGCAACUCCAAGCUUGCCUUACCAGAAAACUUUAACGAGAGGGACCGCCUGCUCGCGGAAGCGGAAUAUUUUCGACUGAAGGGCAUAAUAAAGGCUUUGCAGCGAGAGAAAACGGGCAGUGAUAGUAAGAAUAUUCGACCAUCUGGUUUUCUAUCUAUUGGUGUACGCGGGACAUACGCCUUUGGACGAGACGGUCUAGCUGAUGUUAAAUUUCGAAAGCUCCAGCGUAUCCUGGUUUGUGGUAAUGUUGCCUUAGCACGGGAGGUAUUUGGCGAAUCGCUGAACGAAACGCGAGACCCUGAUCGAGACGAGGCACGUUAUACCAACCGCUUCUACCUAAAGCACAACUAUCUGGAAAAAGCUUUCGAUCAACUGCACGAUAGAGGGUUCAAGCUUAUCACAAGUUCGGCCGGCGGAGCUGGUUAUGAUCCUGAAAGCGAAGAGACAAAAUGGAACCACUUCAACGAUUAUGUGUUCUUCAGACUGUAAUUAUUCAUUGCUAGUAUUUGUACUUUUCACGAUCCCGGUCGAUCAUCAAACGAUACCUUCCAGUGAUCGGAGUUUUAAACCAUCGAAUGAUACUGAAGUAAAGAAUAAUCUGUAAUUUUUUUUUUUAAACCAGGAUAUUUCAUACAGACAAUAUAUCCCGAAUGUUUACCGAAGUAGAAGUCAUACUUUCUAUUUUUAUGAAAAGUGAUAAAGGCGUUAUUUUUUUUUGUUCAGAGGUUCGUUGAAGAGGUUGCACCGCGCCUAUGAGAGGUGUCUUCGCCCUUACGUGCAAAAAGAAGAAUGGGUUACCUGUUGUUUCUUGUUCAUUUUGUAUUGCCGCAAUUUUCAAGUGUUAUAAUACCGGAAUGCACUAAGAAUACCUUACUAGAAAGAGAAAUUGAAUUUUUUUUCUUGGUAUUUGUUUGAGAAAAAAAUUUCUUCAUUUGUAUUUCGGUUGAGAUCAUCAGUUAUUUCUUUCAGGUUGAGAGUUUUCUUGAGUUUAAUUCAUAAUAGAAUAAAGCGAAUUAUUUAAAACGGGAACAUUUAGUUCGAUCAAGCAAAAUCCCAGUCACGUUGCGUAAAUUAGACAUCUACGUUUACCUUUUUCUCAAAGGCGAGCGAAGUCAAACGGGGAAAGUAAACAGAUUCACAAUAGGCAUGAAGAUUUUGUCCAAAUGUUACAAAGAGUAGUAUUGUUUUGGUUCGUGAUCGAUUUAGCAAAGUUUACGCUCGGAAUAUUCUUAACGUCUAUUUUGCCGCUUUUUAACACAAAACACGCAAACGCCUUAAGAUGUAACUUGUCAUAUUUUGCGACUGGUAAAUUCAAAACUGGAAAUAGUUUUUCUCCUGUAACCCACUUUAACAUGCAUCGAAAUUGAAUUUAAAAAAACCUUAAUUAGAAUUUGAACUUCUAGAUGUGUCAAUGGAAAAGCCAUUUUCAAACCACACGUAAAGAACCACGAUUAAGCACGGAGAAUGACUUCUUCAGUUGGAUCCAUGAUAUAUGUUGAUGUAUAUUCGACAAGUAUUUGUAAAUUGUGAAAUGAGAAAUUAAAAACAGAG